CGGGGCCCGGGGCGCGGGGCGGAGCGGAGCCGGUGCGGGACAGCGCGGAGAGGAGCCGGACGGGAAGGAAGGGCCGGGGGGGUAAGGGACGGCCCCGUACGGGACACCCCGGUUAGGGACACCCCCGGUAGGGUCACCCCGGUUAGGGUCACCCCCGUAGGGGCACCCCCGGUAGGGUCACCCCGGUUAGGGUCACCCCGGUUAGGGGCACCCCAGUAGGGUCACCCCCGUAGGGGCACCCCCGGUUAGGGUCACCCCGGUAGGGUUACCCCGGUUAGGGUCACCCAGGUAGGGGCACCCCCAUUAGGGUCACCCCGUUUAGGGUCACCCAGGUAGGGGCACCCCAGUAGGGUCACCCCCGUAGGGGCACCCCCGGUAAGGGACCCCCCCCGGUAGGGGCACCCCCAGUUAGUUACACCCCGGUAGGGGCUCCCCCAUAGGGUCACCCCCGGUUAGGGUCACCCUGGUUAGGGUCACCCCAGUAAGGGACCCCCCGGUAAGGGACCCCCCGGUUAGGGUCACCCCCAUAGGGGCACCCCGGUUAGUUACGCCCCUGUAGGGUCUCCCCUUUGCUCGGUGCCGGUUUCCCCAGCGCCGGGUGCGCGUGUUCCCAGUGCAAGGCACGGGAUUUCCCAGUAGGGUGCGGGGUGGCGGGGUGCGGGACGGCCCGGAGGGGAGCGGGGCAGCUCGGUGCAGCUCGGUGCAGGGUGCAGGCUGUCCCAGUAGGGUGCAGGCUGUCCCAGUAGGGACCAGGGAAGCUCGGUGCAGGGUGUAGGACAUGCUGGUGCAGGGUGCCGGCUGUCCCAGUAAGGACUGGGGCAGCUCAGUGCAGGGUACCGGCUGUCCCAGUGCACAGCACACGCUGUCCCAGUAGGGAACGGGGAAACUGGGCGCACGGUGUCCUGGUGCAGUGUGCAGGGCGGCCCAGUAGGGUGCAGGGCAGCCCAGUAGGGUGCCGGAAAACCCAGUGCAGGGCGCACACUAUCCCAGUAAGGAAGGGACAGCCCAGUGCAGGGUUCACACUAUCCCAGUAAGGAAAGGCCAGCUCAGUGCAGCGCACACACUAUCCCAGUAAGGAUCAGGCCAGCCCAGUGCAGUGCACACCCUAUCCCAGUAAGGAUCAGAACAGCCCAGUGCAGGGCGCACACUAUCCCAGUAAGGAUCAGAACAGCCCAGUGCAGGGUUCACGCUAUCCCAGUAGGGAUCAGAACAGCCCAGUGCAGGGCGCACACUAUCCCAGUAAGGAACAGGACAGCCCAGUGCAGGGUUCACGCUAUCCCAGUAAGGAUCAGUACAGCCCGGCGCAGGGCGCACACCAUCCCAGUAAAGACCUGGCCAGCCCAGUGCAACGCACCCACCAUCCCAGUAAGAAAAGACCACCCCAGUGCACACCACACCCUACCCCAGUGCUCACCAGCCCCCCCCAAAGCCCUGCCCCCCGUGUCCCAACCAUGGAAGCCCCGGGUCCCCCCCCGGCCCCCGCUGCUGGGAGCUGCUGGCAGGACCCUCUGGCGGUGGCGGGCACUGCGGGCCGCCCGGUGUGCGGGGGGCGGCGGCGGGCGCUGCGGGUGGUGUGCGUGGUGGGCCGCGAGCCCCCCGCCUGCCCCGCGCUGCGCUCCCUGCGCGACGCCUGCCGCGAGCUGCGCGCCCGCCUGCACCCCCUGCCCUUCGACACCCUGGCGCUGGGAGACACCGGCACGCUGGAGCGCUUCUACAACGCCGACGUGGCCGUGGUGGAGCUGAGCGACGCCGUCUGCCAGCCCUCGCUCUUCUACCACCUGGGCGUGCGGGAGAGCUUCAACAUGCCCCACAACGUGCUGCUGUGCUGCCACAGCGCCCUGCCCAGCCUCCAGGCCCUACAGGAGGACAUCUGCCAGAAGAACUCGGACCUCUGUGGCACCUACACCUUCAUCCCCUACACCGUGACCACCCAGAACAAGGUUGUCUGCUGCGACGCCGGGGCCAUGAAGUGCCUGGCCGAGCUUUUCCAGCCCAGUUUUGGCACCGAGCCCUUCUUCACCCCGCUGGCGGCGCGGCUCGUCAGGCUGCUGGAGGGGGUCCCCACCAACUCCUGCGGCUAUUUUCGGGAGACGAUCCGGCGCGACAUCCGCCGGGCGCGGGAGAUGUUCCGGGGCGAGCAGCUGAGCCGGGAGCUGGCCCGCAUCCAGCAGCGCCUGGACAGCGUGGAGCUGCUCAGCCUGGACAUCAUCGUCAACCUCCUCCUCUCCUACCGCGACGUGCAGGAUUACGACUCCAUCAUCUCGCUGGUGGAGACCCUGCGGGCCCUGCCGACCUGCGACGUGGCCGAGCAGCCCAACGUGCGCUUCCACUACGCCUUCGCCCUCAGCCGGCGCAACCGCGCCGGGGACCGCGCGCAGGCUCUGUCAGUGCUGCUGCCCGCGGUGGAGCGCGGGGACGGGGCUGCCCCCGACCUCCUCUGCUUGUGUGGCCGCAUCUACAAGGACACCUUCAUCAGCUCCGGCUUCACCGACACCAGGGCGAGGGACCGAGCCUUGUACUGGUACAGCAAAGCCUUCGAGGUGGAGCCCAGCCUCCACGCGGGCAUCAACGCCGCCGUCCUCCUCGUGGCCGCUGGGCACCAGUUCGACAGCUCCGUGCGGCUGCAGCAGAUCGGCGUGAAGCUGAGCUGCCUGCAGGGCCGCAAGGGCAGCCUGGAGGAGCUGCGGCACUACUGGGACGUGGGCUUCUGCCUGGGGGCUGGCAUCUUGGCCAACGACCUGGGCAAAGUCAUCCAGGCCUCCGAGAAGCUCUACAAGCUCAACGCGCCCAGCUGGUACCUGGUGUCAGUCAUGGAGACCUUCCUGCUCUACAAACACUUCCAGAAGAGCCCCCCGGUGCCGUCGGCGCGCCAGGAGCUGGCUGAUUUCUGGCUGGCCUUCCUCCUCGCCGCGUGCCAGCCCUUCGUCCCCUCGCCGCGCUGCCCGGUCCUCGUCCUGGAGCUCGGCAAGGUGCUGUGGCCGGCCCGGCUGGCGGUGCGCAGCGCCACGGAGGAGCACGCCGUGACACUCGCCCUCGUGCACCCCUCGGAGGAGAAAGCGGUGUCCAGCUGGAGUUUCGCGGCCACAGACAUCCGGGGGGUGAGCAUCUGCAAGUGCGACGAGCGGGGCUGCUUCCUCUACGUGGUGCACGCCGAGGAGGAUUUCCAGCUCUAUUUCCCCUCCCAGCAGCACUGCCAGUGGUUCUGCGAGCGGGUCCAAUCCUUCCUCGCCGAGCAGGCGGCGGGCGGCGAGGAUCUGCCCAGCCCCACGCAGCCCAUCCUGGAGUACAGCUACGAGUACUCGGAGACGGGCGAGCGGGUGGUCCUGGGCAGGGGCACCUACGGGGUGGUCUACGCCGGGCGCUGCCUCAGCACCCAAGUGCGCAUCGCCAUCAAGGAGAUCCCCGAGCGGGACAGCCGGUUCUCGCAGCCCUUGCACGAGGAGAUUGCUUUGCACAAGCGCCUGCGGCACAGGAACAUCGUGCGCUACCUGGGCUCUGUCAGCCAGGACGGCUUCAUCAAGAUCUUCAUGGAGGAGGUGCCCGGAGGGAGCCUCUCGUCCCUGCUGUGCUCCAAGUGGGGUCCCCUGAAGGACAACGAGCCCACCAUCGUCUUCUACACCCGCCAGAUCCUGGAUGGGCUCAGCUACCUCCACGACAACCACAUCGUGCACCGAGACAUCAAGGGAGACAACGUCCUCAUCAACACCUACAGCGGGGUGCUGAAGAUCUCCGACUUUGGCACCUCCAAGAGGCUGGCGGGCAUCAGCCCCAGCGCUGAGACCUUCACGGGCACCCUGCAGUACAUGGCCCCCGAAAUCAUCGAUCAGGGUCCGUGGGGUUACGGGAAGCCGGCGGAUAUCUGGUCCCUGGGCUGCACCAUCAUCGAGAUGGCCACGGGCAAGCCCCCCUUCUACGAGCUGGGCAGCCCCCAGGCGGCGAUGUUCAAGGUGGGCAUGUUCAAGAUGCACCCGGAGGUGCCCGAGUCCAUGUCGGACAAGGCCAAGACUUUCAUCCUUCGCUGCUUCGAGGCCGACCCGGCCAAGCGGGCCACGGCGGCCGCGUUGCUGCAGGACCCGUUCCUGGCCAGUGCCAGGCGUGCCCGGGGCCAGGCGGUGCCUGCAGCAGGGGAUUCCCCCCGCCUGGAGCGCCGGGAUGGGGACGCGGAGGGCACCGAUGGCACCAGGGGACGUUCCUCGGCCAGGCAGGGGGGCGCAGGGGGGGUCACUGGGGGCAGCCCCCUGCUCCCACACUGCCCCAGUGAGGCAGCCCCCAGCUGCAGCUCUCCCCAGGGCUCGGCCGGCUCCGACCGCAGCCUGCGCUCGUCCUCGCCGGAGGAGAGCGGCGACCGCUUCGUGCUGCAGCAGGACAGCAAGCGCCGCGCCACGCUGCUCCGAAUCCUCACCAACGAGGCACCCAGCAUCACAGCCGCCUUGCAGGAGAGCCAGGGUGCGUCGGGGACACGGCUGGGCUCAGAGCACCUCGCCCUGCUGCUGGGCUGCCUGCGGAGCUACAUCCAGCGCCCCGCACGGCACCGGCUGCGCCGCGAGCUCCUGGCGCUGCAGGAGAGGCUGCGGGAGGACGGGCUCAGCCUGCCCCACCUGCGGGGUCCCCUCCUCAGCUUCCAGGCAGUGGUGAGGCAGGCGCUGCGCCGGCACCACGUCAAACCCCACUGGAUGUUUGCGCUGGACGAUGCCAUCAGCCAGGCGGUGCAGGCGGCUCUCACCGUGCUCGUGAGAGACCUAGGAAUGACGGCCAGCGGGCUGCAGGAGGCUGGUGACAAGGACACAGGUGACAAGGACGACCCCACGCCGCCCAGGCUCUCCGUCCCCAGCAGCCAGACCCCAUGGGACAGCACCAACAGCACCAAUUCGGGGCUCAGCACCGGCCCCAGCCCCGGGGAGGGGGGCUCAGCGCUGGUGGCACAGCUCUGCCGCCUGCGCACGGAGACGGACAGGUUGCUCCGGGAGCUGGCCGAGAAGGAGCAGGAAUGGCAGCAGCUGGUGCAGCGGGCACUUCGCUCCGGGGUUGGGGACGCCACGGUCCCCAGCCUCCCCCAGCACCGUGGUGAGCACGGCGAGGCCACCGCGGGGCAGGGUCCCUUGUCCCCAUCCCCGGAGCCCGUCCCCUGUGGCCAGGCCGACCCCCUCCUCCUCGAGUGGCUGCAGCAGCACGGCACGGACCCCGCCACCACGGCCACGCUCCUGGCCCAUGGCUUCACCCUGCGGGACCUGCUGGGCAGCGCCACCCGCGACGACCUCUUCUACACGGGCAUCAGGCGGGGGCCGGCGUACCGCCUGUGGGCAGCCGUCCUGGAGCAGCGCCGCGCGCUUGGCAAGGGGGGAGCGGAGCCAUCCCCGGCCCCAGGGACGUGAGGUGGCUCUGGGGACACCGCCGCCACCUCGCCGCUGUCCUGUGCCACCACGGGGAGCGGCAGGAAGGACAAUUUGGGGACAUCCAGGAUGGAGGAGGCAGGCUGCAGCGCUCGGAGCAAUAAACACCCAGCAGCCGUGC